CCGCGAUCCCUUAGAGGGGAAUCCUGAGGGGAUGCUGAGGCUGAGAGAUCAUGACCUGGGAAUGGAAUGGGACCUUUCUCCCUCACCUGGCAGGCCCCAGCAGCACUCUUUCUCCGUCUGUUUCGAGUCACUUCUUGUUUGAAUGGAGUCCUCUGGUAGGGCAUGUGGUGCUACCCUCUCUGAAUCCUUGCAUAUGGCUCUUUCACCCUGACAGCUGAAUAUCUUUGCUCCUGCAGGGUGUUUCCUCAGUGAGAGGAAGCGUGUUGCACAAUGGCGGUUUUUGAUACUCCAGAGGAGGCCUUUGGCGUCUUGCGUCCCAUCUGUGUUCAGCUCACGAAGACCCAGACAGUGGAGAAUGUGGAGCGUCUGCAGGCACAGUUACAAGUCGUGAGUGACUCUGCCCUUCAGGAACUUCAGCAGUACAUCCUCUUCCCUUUGCGAUUUACCCUGAAGACCCCGGGCCCCAAAAGAGAGCACUUGAUCCAGAGUGUGGUGGAAUGCAUCACCCUUGUCCUCUCUUCAACGUGUGUGAAGGAACAAGAACUUCUCCAGGAACUCUUUUCGGAACUCUCUGCUUGCCUGUAUUCACCCAACUCCCAGAAACCUGCAGCUGUGUCAGAGGAGUUGAAAUUGGCCGUGAUCCAGGGCCUCAGUGCGUUAAUGCACUCGGCUUAUGGGGACAUCAUUCUGACUAUUUAUGAGCCCUCCAUUCUGCCUCGUUUAGGAUUUGCUGUAUCUUUACUGUUAGGCCUAGCAGAACAGGAGAAAUCAAAACAAAUUAAAAUGGCUGCCUUAAAAUGUUUACAGGUUCUACUCUUUCAAUGUGAGUGUCAAGACCAUCCAAGGUCCUUGGAUGAACUUGAGCAAAAGCAGCUGGGGGAUUUGUUUGCUUCUUUUUUACCUGGCCUCUCAACUACACUGACCAGGAUCAUCACAGGAGACUUUAAACAAGGGCACAGCGUUGUCGUGUCUUCCCUAAAGGUCUUUUACAAGACAGUGAGCUUCAUUAUGGCUGAUGAACAGCUCAGAAGAGUCUCAGAGGUCCGAGCAAAGCCUGCCGUGGAGCACAGAGUAGCGGAGCUGUUGGUUCACAGGGAAGCCAGUUGGGUAAAAAAUACCGGCGACAGGUUGACUGUCCUUAUUAAAAAGAUAAUUGAGUGCGUUUCAGUUCACCCACACUGGAAGGUGAGGCUGGAACUGAUAGACUUUGUCGAGGCCCUUCUCUUGAAGUGCAGUCAGUCACUGGUCGAAUCGGCUGGUCCCCUUCUGAAGGCUCUGGUGAGUCUGGUAAAUGACGAGAGUCCUGACGUCCAAGCGCAAUGCAAUAAAAUUCUGAGACGUUUUGCAGAUGAGAGAGUCGUGGUGGGCAGCAGAGCCUUUGCUGACAUCUUGUCAGAAAACCUGCACUCCCUUGCCACGUCCCUUCCCCGCCUGAUGAACUCCCAAGACGAUCAGGGCAGAUUCUCUACUCUCUCCUUGUUACUCGGGUACCUGAAACUCUUGGGCCCCAAAGUGAACUUUGUCCUCAACUCUGUGGCCCAUCUCCAGCGUCUUUCCAAAGCGCUUAUCCAAGUUCUGGAAUUAGACGUGGCCGACAUCAAAAUUGUUGAAGAGCGGCAUUGGAAGUCUGAGCAUCUGAGCACUUCUCCAGAGACUUCAGCCUCACGGCCAUGGGCUCAAAUGCAGAGGAGAUAUUUCCGCUUCUUCACUGACGAGAGGGUUUUCCUGCUCUUGAGGCAGAUUUGUCAGCUCCUUGGUUUCUAUGGGAACCUCUACUUGCUCGUGGAUCCCUUUAUGGAACUGUACCACGAGUCUGUGGUUUACCGGAAGCAGGCCGCCAUGAUCCUUAAUGAACUGGUUGUAGGGGCUGCUGGGUUAGGGGUAGAGAACCUUCAUGAAAAACACAUUAAAACAAACCCAGAGGAACUGAGGGAGAUCGUGACUUCCAUACUUGACGAAUACACGAGCCAAGAAAACUGGUAUUUGGUCACUUGCCUGGAAGCUGAAGAAGUGGGAGAGGAGCUGACAAUGAUGCAGUCAGGCCUUCAGGCCCUCACAUCUGGGGCACACACCUGCCAGGCCACCUCUUCUCCCACCUUCUCAAAGCCAAGUCCCACAAUCUGCUCCAUGAACAGCAACAUCUGGCAAAUAUGCAUCCAGUUAGAAGGGAUUGGCCACUUUGCACAUGCACUAGGGAAAGACUUCCGUUUGCUCUUGAUGUCAGCCCUCUAUCCAGUCCUGGAGAAAGCUGGAGACCAAAACCUGCUUAUCAGUCAGGCGGCCAUCAGUGCCAUGAUGGACAUUUGCCAGGCUUGUGGCUACGACUCCCUGCAGCAGCUAAUCAGUCAGAAUUCAGACUAUUUGGUAAAUGGUAUCUCUUUAAAUCUGCGUCAUCUGUCUCUCCACCCGCAUACCCCGAAGGUCUUGGAAGUCAUGCUACAGAACUCGGAUGCUAGCCUGCUCCCUUUGGUGGCAGAUGUGGUUCAAGAUGUCUUGGCUACCCUGGACCAAUUUUAUGAUAAGAGAAUAACUUCCUUUGUCAGUGUACUGCAUGCCCUGCUGGCAGCAUUAGCCCAGUGGUUCCCAGACACAGGUCAUCUCGGGCAACUCCAAGAGCAAAGUGUAGUGGAAGAGGGAAGUCAUUUGAGCCAAAGACCAGCAAGUCUUGAGAAAGGACUUGAAAAUACCACAACAGCUGAAGACAUUGAACAGUUUGUGCUGAACUACCUCAAGGAAAAGGAUGUAGCAGAUGGAAAUGUCUUGGAUUUUGAUAAUGAAGAAGAGGAGCAGUCAGACCCUCCCGAAGUGGAUGAGAAUGACACUGAUCCCAGUAUGCAGCCACCACUGCCAGUGCAAAUCCAGAUAGCCACGGACGUGAUGGAGCGCUGCAUCCACUUGAUGUCAGACAAAAAUCUGAAAAUCCGCUUGAAGGUUUUGGAUGUGCUGGAUCUGUGUGUGGUUGUCCUGCAGUCCCACAAGAACCAGCUCCUUCCCUUGGCUCAUCGGGCAUGGCCCUCACUCGUGCACCGACUCACAAAUGAUGACCCCCUGGCAGUGCUCAGAGCCUUCAAGGUUUUGCGUACCCUGGGAGGCAAGUGUGGCGAUUUUCUAAGGAGCCGGUUCUGCAAAGAUGUCCUGCCAAAGCUGGCUGGCUCUUUAGUCAGCCAGGCUCCCAUCAGUGCCAGGGCUGGACCAGUUUACUUCCACACGCUGGCCUUCAAGUUGCAGCUGGCCGUCUUGCAGGGCCUAGGCCCCCUCUGUGAGAGACUGGACCUAGGUGAGGGUGACCUGAAUAAAGUAGCUGAUGCCUGCUUGAUUUACCUCAGUGCCAAACAGCCCGUGAAAUUACAAGAGGCUGCCAGGAGCCUUUUCCUCCACCUGAUGAAGGUAGACCCGGACUCCACCUGGCUCCUCCUGAAUGAACUUUACUGCCCGCGGGAGUUCACACCUCCCCACCCCAGCCUCCACCCGGUGCAGCUGCGGGGGGCCACUGGGCAGCAGAGCCCAUAUGCAGCCAACGUGCUCCGCCUGCUCCAGGAGCUGCAGUGACCCCGCCCCUCCCCCCAGAGGAGGUCCCCCCCGCGGAGCUUGCCGAGGGUGUGGGGCCCACCCCACCCUGGCCGAGGGCGGUGGCAUCGGCCUCAGAGAAGACUUCUUGCCAAGGUGGAUUAGACAGCCAGUCGAUUUAUAAGUUGAUCAAUCACACUGCUUAGAAAUUGGAUUGAAGGAAAGCAGCUGACUGUUACUUCUAUUUCAUACCUGGUAUUUUCAAAUGACAUUGUCUGGCAGCUCUAAGGGCUUAACUCCUUAGCUUACCAUCUCUGCGGCCCUAGCUGCCUCACAGGCCGCCCCACGCACCCACCCACACCCAAGAGCUUGAGGACACGUGGGGCGGAGGCCUGUACUACCCAUCGUGUGUGACCUCGGCGCCUGAGGACCACGUGGAAGUAUGACACAUUGGAGAGUUUUCAGAUCACCGGCCUGCAGCGUGGACUCACACACCUCCCCCUCCUCAAGGAACGAGAUAAGAACCUAACCUGUUCUUUGGAAGAAAAUGAAAAAAAGGCACUUCUUGGAUGAAAAGUA